ACCGAAGGUAUAGCAGUGUCUGUGGUUCCAGGCAAUGUGACCAAAGGUUUAGUGGUGUCUGUGGUUCCAGCAAAUGUAACCAAAGUCGUAGUGUUGUCUGCUGCAGGACAUUCAACUGAAGAUGUUGCACUUCCAAAACCUGGACCUGAGCUCUGCCCCACUCCAGUUCCAGAACCUGCCCCAGCAGUGGUCUGUGGAGGAAAAGUUUGCAGACUCUCCCCUCCGACGUUCACACCUCCUUCCCCAAAAUUCAGACCCCCUCCAGCUCCAAAUUUGAGACCCCCCUCACCC